AUGGACACUCCACUUCGCGAACAAUACGACGCGCUCUUGGCCGGCGACUCGAUCGCGUCCGACUACAGCCGCUGGCGCGAGCUCCGGCGCCUCGUGAUCGUGCACGGACUGCCUCGAGACGAAGCGUCGACGGUCGAUGCGACAUCGAGUCUCUGCUCGCUGCGCGGACGCGUGUGGAAGACCUUCUUGGGCGUGGAGAACGACGUCGACAUGACAAAGUACGCGGCGCUUGUCGGUCGGGGCGCCUCGCACGACGACGGCGACAUUCGGAACGACACGUUCCGGACGUUCCGCGGCGACUCGGAGUUCGCCCAGCGCGUGCCCGAAGAGAAACUCGUGCGGCUGCUGAACGUCUUUAUCAACGAGUUGGGCGCAGUGCCGCCUGGCGAAGCAGCGGCGCAGGAAGACGGCAGCGAGCAGGCGCAUGAUGGCAAUGUGCCGUCGAUCAGAUACGUUCAGGGAAUGAAUGUGUUAUGUGCACCUUUGCUGUAUGUACUGCCCGAGCCAGACGCGUACCACACGUUUUGUCAGCUCAUUGUCCGCCAUUGUCCGCACUACAUGGCGGCACAGCUUCAAGGUGUGGAAAAAGGCUGUGCCCUUGUGGACAAGUGCCUCGAAACGCUGGACCCGGAUUUGUACCAACAUCUGCUUCGUCGAGGCAUCACAGCGCGGAUAUACGCGCUUCCAUUGAUCCUGAGUCUAUUUGCUUGUGUACCUCCACUGCACGAACUUCUUCGCGUAUGGGAUGUGCUUUUUGCAGUAGGUGUACACUUUGUGGUGAUUCUCGCUGUCGCACAUACGGUACUUCUUCGAGAACAACUGCUGCAAUUAGAUAUGGACUUGAUGAAGGUGCUCAGCCUCCGAUGUGUGCCCCCUCUCCAGUCAGAUCUACUUAUUUCCAUCGCUUUGCAAUUGUUCCAUCGUUUACCUGAAGACCUCUUGUACGAGAUUGCUCGGCAUCCGUUUGCGAACCCGGACGCACCAACCAGUUUGCCGUUCCACCCCAAGACCAUAUCAGCCAUUGCGACGCAACUCCAAAAAGAGCAGAAGGAGUUGGCUACGGGGUCUGAUCGGACAUUACGGUCCUCGGGUAGCUUGACAGAUGAGGAAACUGCGGUUGCAGUGAACCAACAAUGCCACAGCACUGAGGUAUCUCAACGGGCUUCCUGCCCAUCAAGUCCACAAGGCGAUGCCACCGACACUUGGUCGUGCCCGACCGCCAUGGAAGAUAUGGAGUCAUGA